AUCUUUGAAGUAGCUCAGACUCUUCAGGUUACUACCCCCCUCCCCCCUCCUACCCCGUUAAGGCUGUAAAGUGGUCUAGACGUGAUGUGAUACAGGGGGUUGAGCUGAAUAUAAGGAGAGGACACUCAUAAGCCCUUCACAUUCAGUCACUUCACGACCCUACGAGAUGGCUCUCCUCAUCCACCUGCUGCUGUGUGCAACGCUCAUCUCUCUGGCGCAAACUUACUCCACUGAAGACAUGAAGAAGGCGAUUCUACAAAAAGUCGGACUAACGGAACUGCCCAGUAUCCAGAAGAGAGACUUGGAAAAUCUGGUGGUCCCGAAUCACAUCAAGAACAAGUAUCUGUCCAUGCUGAAACUGCACCAUGCUCGGAGGCGGAGGUCUCUGCCCAGUUUGGCGGGAAUCCUCAGGCGUAUCCAUGGCAACAUAGAUAUCACAGGGGAAAUGAAAUACUCAGAAAUGACUCGACAACAUCUCGUGUUUGACAUGGAGUCACGGCUGAAGGAAAACAGCGAGGUGGCCAUGGCAGAGCUCAAACUUUAUCAGACUGCUCCGAGGAAGCUGCCUGGGACCGAGAAGAAGAAGCACAGACCCGUCCAUCACGCCCGAGUGAGCAUAUACUGGCUGUGCAACGAGUCCAACCACACUUCACUGGUAGACUCAAGGUUGGUGCCAGUAAACGAGGUCGGCUGGAGGAGCUUUGACGUGACUCAAGCGGUUCAUUACUGGUCCAAGUCACUGACAAAAAGUCCACUGCACUUGGAGGUGCGGAUCGAAGGAGAGAGGCCUGGAAAUUAUGCAGCCGUAAUGGCAAAGCGAGUGCGAUUCACCAUGCAAAACACCCCGAACAACCUCGACAAGACUGCAGGGACACCUGAGCUCAUCCUAUACACCUUGAACUUGGAAGAAUAUGGGUCCCUGGGCGACUGCAGGCGCGGCGCGAACAAUCAGGCGUGCUGUCGGGAGGAACAUUACAUCAACUUCCGGGAAGUAACGUGGGCGCAGUACUGGAUCCUGGAGCCCGCUGGAUACCAGGCUUUCCGCUGCGCAGGAGGAUGUAAGCAGCCGAAGCGUAAUUACGGCUACGGACCGAGAUCCUGCUCGGUAGUGGAAAGCGCGCCUCUUCCGGUUAUGUACCUGGUGAAGAAAGGGGACUACACACAGAUCGAAGUGGCCGAGUUUCCCAACAUGAUCGUUGAAAAGUGCGGAUGUUCCAUGGACAAGAUUUCCACAGCUUAAAAGCGAGGACUUCUCACUAUUCAACUGAGCACUUGAAAAUAAUGCAUAUAAUAUUGUCUCGAGUCACGUUAGUUUAUUUUGCACCAUCAAAGGCACUGUGUGAUUUCACUUUUACUUUCUGAGAAUAAAAAACAAUUCAUUUUUUAAUCUUAA